AUGACCUUUUAUGACCAAAUUGACAGAGGUUGGACGACGGUGGUAUAUGGGAAACGACAAGGUCGUCCCUACCAUCGCAAUAGGGACCAGGUAGCCCCCUGGAGGAAGGACAGCGCACCUUCCGCCACCUUUAAAAGGAGGCGGAUCAAUUUCCCCUAUCCUAACCGGCCAGUGCCUCCUCCAGGUCCUCGCUACCUGGGCCCUCAGUCCAGAUCCUACGCGGCAGUGGCCCGCCAGAACAACAGCAGGCCUGCUUUUAGAUUCACGGCCCCUGGUGGCAACAGACCACAGAACAACCGUGUUCCAUUCCUACCACCUGGUGGUAACAGACCACAGACCAAUCGGGAUCAGUAUAUACCACCUGACCCAGCUUUUAGCAGGUUGGCAAGGAAAAUGCACUCUGUAAUUAAACAGGUGCAUCACCUGCAGAAUGUAGCAGUUAAACCGGGUAAAGCAGAACCCCGGAUGAUCUCCAACAUGGUGGAAACCCUGACCACCAUGAUCAAACCAGCAGCACCCACUCCCAACACAUCAGACCUCAUAAUGGGGAAUGCCAAGAAUUGGGGGUACAAUACACUCCUAAUUCUUGAGCAACAUUACAUAGAGGGAUUGGAAGCAACCAUCAAGGAGAUCUCUAGCGAUCUGACCGGGGACUGGAAAGCAGCUUUCCAGGUGGCUACUAAGUGGGCCCGGAAAAAUUUGUCCAGGCUCACACAGGAGGUUGUAGAUCACGCAGAGGCGCUGCUAACAACAUAUGAGAACGGGCAGGCUGUUUCUGACACGGAACAACAGCCUGCACCGCCACAAGCUACACAACGCAAACAACAUGCACAACACAACACACAACACACACCACAACGGACUGAACAAGUGGUGGCACAGGCCCCAAGACGCAACAUGGCAAAGAACACAGUGACGGCCGGGACUGACACAGGGACAGACUGGUUAGGCGUCACGGUUUUGCCGACUACCCAGCUGUCUCCCAAACAACGAAGGACAAAACGCAGACUGGUUAGACAAAACACUUGUGUUGUGUCUGAGAACAGCUCGGCGCUGGAGAUAGAUUCGAGUGACAAUGACUGGCCUAUACCUCCACGCGCUAGGCGCUGCACUAGGCCAUUGCUGGAAGACUCCCCACUGGACACCAGCGAUGGUCUAGAGGCAGACACCACACCAAACUUGAUCCCUCUUCAAACCGCAGUAGCCAAGAAACAAGUAGUUUCAGCAAUGGUUCACCAACUUCCGGUUCCCCAAAAGGAAACAGCUACGGAAUCCAGCGAUGUGGAGGAUCUGUUGUUGGACCUCACUCCGGCACCCGAACCACCUAGUUGCAGGGUUACCAGACACAUUAACACCAACCGCAAAUUGGUGGACUGGGAGUUGACGGUCUUUAAAAAGUGGCUCAUCAUUGGGGACUCUAAUCUGUCCAAAAUACCACCCUAUUCAAUCCCGGACCUACAGAUUGAGAGUUACCCGGGGGCUAACUUCCGCAACGCUCAGGCCAUAAUGGCGAAAGUAAUCUGCAAAACUGUGGUGGAAAAAGUGGUUUUGUCAUUUGGCAUCAAUUGCAGAGAGUCAAGCUGUUUACGGACGCUUAAUGAGCACAUCCGUAGAAACAUGCCGUACCUCAUCAAACUAGAGGACAAGUUGUUUUCUACGGAAAUUCUUUUCCUGAGCAUCAUUCACAGCCUCCCUCUGACCUUUGACCUGAAGAUGGCAGCAGGAAGUGUGUUUGUCGUUGUGUGUGUCAUUUGUGGGGCGUUGUCCUCCGCCUUCAGAUGCUCAGUUCUCCUGAUGUUUCCCAGCAUGCUCGGCUCCCGUGGCCGAAUGUACCUGAUGGUGUUCAUCCUGUCUGUGAUCUCCACAGGACCUGUCUCUAACAUCGUGCAUAACGUGCACUCAGCAGCUCUGUCUCUCAGCUGUAAUCUGGACCUGCAGGUUCUUCACAGCAAGCUCCUGUGGCGACACGCCAUCAGACCGUUCACAGUCAUCACUCAGCAGCUUGUGGACGAUAAAGCAGCGUUUGAGUCAGAGGCUCUGAGCAUCAGCAGGAAGUUUCAGAUCCUCAGAGAUGAAGUCGUCGCUCAGUACGGAUACGACCAGUUCAAACCACAGCGCGUGGAGCUUGACAGGAGCACCCAGGAACAGUUCACUGCAAAGACCAUGAUGCAGUGCGACAGUGUCGUGACUGAGGGAGUACGGCGCUGUUCUGAUUGGUUCGAGGUCAGGUGGGCGAAGUGUAUGGAGGCGAUACCUGUUCCUGUUAUAAGCCACAUCCUCUGUGUCUCUAUGAAAUUCCACUUCCUGUGUGACAUCAUGAGAGUGAUGGGUCCCUGGUGUAAGCAGCACAUUCCUGUGGAGGGAAACUUCGGUCGUCUCUUCGAUCAUCUGAACGUUUCAGUCGACAUUUUGUCCAGAGAGUUCAGCACCGAGCUCGUUGUCCAGGAGCAGCAGGCUGUGCUGGGCGAAGCUGCAAGUGAUCACUUCACUCAGUCAGUGAAAAAGUCUCUCCACGGCCUGACGACCGUGAUGAAGCAGCUGCUGGACGUUGUGCAGCUGUUGCUGUCCCUCACCAUCAUCAGCGUCUUCAUCAGGGCAUUCUGGUACGUCAGACAGUACAGGAGAGACGUUCACUUUGACAAUGUCUACAUCACCACCUACUUCAGAAAGAUCGACGCCCGCAGAAGAAGAGAGGGGAAACGUUUCCUGCUGCCACUGAGGAAAUCAGAGAAGAAGAAGUUCAUCGACCCUCUGAGCCUCAGGAUUCAUCCUGACGAGUUUCAGGAAGUGAUGUCAGGUGUGUUUCAGCUGCUCUCUGUCGCUCUGCUGUGCAUCGUCCUGCUGACUGUCGACUUCUCUGUGGUCCGGGCUCUGGACAUCGUCAGCAGACACACCUCCAUCCAGUUCAACCUGACCAGUAGUCACCAGGUGGAUAUCAGAGUGGGCGGGGCAUCCAUGAUGGCCAACCUCCUGAGAAAAACGGUUUCAGCCUUCAACAGCUCGUCCGACUUUCACAUCCACACCGACAACCGGAAGUGUGUGUUUCCCCCAACCCCCCUCUCAGCAGGCGUGUAUAUGAGCUGUGUGGCUUGUGUCCUGUUGAUGGCGCUCUUCACCUGCCUUCACGUUUACACCAAUCGCCUUCCACGGGUCAUCGCCGCCUUCUACCAUCCGAAGAAGGAGAAGAGGCGGGUUUUAUACGCCUACAAUCUGCAGCUCCACAGUCGGAUCUCCUCCCGGGACAGUGAACACACCAGCAGCUGUGGGGAGGUGUGUCAGUAUCUGAGCCGGUGUGGGCGUCGCCUCUGUUGUCGCGGACAGGAAGACCCUCCGACCAACAAAUAAACCAUUUUCAGUUUGUUUCACUUCAAC